AUGUCGGGGUUGGCUUCCUUAGUCAACCUAUCAUACAAGUAUGCUGAUCAUGGAUUGAUCGUUUCCCUUGCGGAGAGGUGGCACCUAGAGACAAAUACUUUCCACCUCCCGGUAGGUGAGAUGAGCGUCACAUUAGAUGACGUUCACAAUCUACUCCACCUACCUAUCAUAGGGCAAUUUUGUGAGGUGGGGGAGUUAGAGUGUGAUACGGCUCGAUCUCAUCUUAUGGACUUGCUUGGCAUCAACUGUGCCAAAGCUUCAACCGAGAUGAAACAGUCACGCGGUCCAAAAAGUGGGACAUUGAUUCGAGUCUCGUACCUCCUUCUGUUUCGAGACUUGAAUGCUUGUGCGAGAUAUGCUUGGGGAGCCGUUGCACUGUCACAUAGUUAUGAGCAACUAGGAGAUGCUAGCUUCACUAGUGUCAGACAAAUAGCUGGAUAUUCCACUCUUCUACAAAGUUGGAUAUAUGAACACCAUCUUGGCAUAGGAAGGAGGCGAGUGUCAGAUAAGUACACAGACCUCGAUACACAGGCUUCACGAUAUAUACCUCCGAGGCAGGAGGGCACUGUAGUUUAUCAGUGUACUAUUGAGACACUACAAGUUGCUCGUAGAUCCGUUGAGGAGUAUGAGGCUAGUACUAGUAGAGGUGUUCGUCAUGUGCGUGGACGAACAUCAUUUUCUUGA